AUGGCGUCUUCAACUGACCUGGUGUCUUCUCUGUCAUCUGGUGCAAAUAGGGGAACUAAGCUCGAUGCUGCUGAAGUUCGAGCACUUGUCAAAGCGGCCGGUCUAUCAAUAUCCGACAGCGCAAUCGAGGACUGGCGUGUUCUCCUUGGGUCGUUCGAAGAUUGUGCACAGCUCGUCUUGCAGGAGGACGGCUGUCUGCCAAUACCGGACCCAGACCGGUAUGUCCGGACAGAUAUUCAGAUUCCAGAGAACACCGAGAAAGGUGGUUGGGCGACACGAUGCUCGGUCAAGAGUACCGCUCCUACAAGUGCGUUGCUGGCCGGACGCACGGUGGCAGUGAAGGACAAUAUUGCAGUUGCGGGCGUCAGAUGUACAAAUGGUCUUCCGCCUGUCAAUGGAGAGUGGAUCCCCACUUAUGACGCCACCAUUGUGACGAGAGUACUGGAUGCUGGCGGCAUAGUCACAGGUAAAGCUGCUUGCGAGAAUGCAUGCAUGGAACCGAUCUCUAAUACUUCGUAUACCGGCGUCGUCCAUAAUCCGUUCGCAGACGGCUAUACGUGUGGAGGUUCUAGUAGCGGAUCGGGACGAUUGGUCGCAAUUGGCGCUGCCGAUAUGGCCUUGGGGGCUGACCAAGGAGGGUAUGUUUUCGUCCUUUCCAAACCACCAAGGCGAUCUCAUCAAGGAAAUCUUGUAAUAAUGCAGGAGGAGUACAGGUCAAUCCGCAUCCCAGCAGCAUUCUGCGGUAUCGUCGGACACAAACCGACUUGGGGUUUGGUUCCUUACACCGGUAUCCUCGGCCUCCAAUCCGUUAUUGACCAUACCGGUCCAAUGACGACGACCGUUCGAGACAAUGCUCGCCUGCUCGAAGCAAUCUCCGGUCCGGAUGGGAUAGAUGACCGACAACCGUUUUCCAUGGCCCCAGAAUCCUUACGUUUCUCCAGCGCGUUGGACGAAUUCCUUGCCGCUGGUGCCACCAAGCCACGAGAUCAACUUCUGAAAGGUUUCAAGAUUGGUAUUCUGAAGGAAGGCUUCGCUGGCAAACAAAUGGACGCCCACGUCGCCAAGGCGUGCCGCUCAGCCAUCUCCGAUUUCAAAGAAAUGGGCGCCGAAAUCGUCGAGGUAUCAGUCCCGAAUCAUGAGCAAAUCUGCGUCAUAUGGAUGUGUGCCCUGCCACUGCGUGCCGGUCGUGAAGGGCUACUCGGCGACACCACAGGGCGCAAGCAACUUGAACUGACAGACCGCGGUGCUGCCGCUGCUCCUGCCAUGGGUCCCAGCCAGAAAGCGCUGCUCUCGCAAGAGUUCUUCGACGCCCUGGGUCCCGGCGCCCAAAACCUUUACAUGAGGUAUCUGUAUGUUAACGACAAAUACGGGGCCAGCUUGCAUGCCAAAUGCACGAAUCUGCUGAACAAAGCGGCACAGGCAUAUGACGCGGCCCUAGGGUUUGUUGAUGUGUUGGUAAUGCCGACCGUGCCCAUGCCGGCGUUGCCAUUUCUCAGGGGUCCCAACGGCACCUCUGGUCGCUCUCAGGCCGGGCCGCUCGAAAGCCUCUCCUAUCCAUUGGGCGUGCUCAGCAAUACGGCACAGUUCAAUUCCACGGGUCAUCCAGCCCUUUCUCUACCUGUAGGAUUUGUACCCGCUCCAGAUAAUCCGGACAUCAAGUUGCCCGCUGGACUCCAGAUUGUCGGCAAGCGCUUCGAGGACUUGACAUGCUACAAGGUCGCGGGGGCUUGGGAAGAGAGCAAGGACUGGAAGACCCUUGUGUUUGCAGAGUAG